AAAAAAAAAGAAAAUAGAAAAACUGUUCCAAGGUAGUAACCAUGGUAACAGUUUCUUUUUCUCUUUCUUUUUGUUCUUUGGUUAGUGUUGGUUAGUCAGAGAAAAGUGUUCAGACAAUAAACUACUUCUCAUUUUAAUUUAAUCUCUUUCUUUAAUUGUUGUUUAAAUUGUUCCGUGUUCUAGUUUUUUUUUGCUUAAUCAACAGAAUAAUUUGGACGAUGGAACAACAAUCAUCUUCCUUUUUACCUGACGAUUCCAUCAAUUAUCAAUGUUUUGGUUGUUCCAAAGAGAUAAAAUUCUCUGAUGUUGAGAGUGAUGACGAAGAUCUUCCAAACCAUUUGCUUGAUCACUUUUUAGAUAAAUCUCGUUCUGCUAAACGUCAGGUAAUAACAGAUAGACCUUGUUAUCACGGUCGACUGGAUACUCCUCUUGUUGGAUUCAACGUUGCUGCCUUACCACUUUCUAAUGAUCUAUUUGUUGCAAUUGAGCAUAUUCCUAAGACACUUGUUUUCACCGAGAAAUGUACCCCUGAUGACUUUUUCAAUCUACUUGGUUGUACAAAAGAAUCUACAGAAUUUCAAACAAACAUAAUUGUUUUCAAAUUAAUUCCUGAAGAUAUUGAAGACGAAAAUCCUACCGAAAGAUUAUAUCAACAUCUAAUUGAGAAGAAAAAUUUCACUCAAACCAAGUUAAGGUGCGAAAUAUACAAAGAAUUAUACAUAUUACCCUUGCCUAAGGAAAACGAGCCUCCAGCAUUUUUACCAAUCACAAAUCGACUUAAUCUUGAAAAGUGUCCAAGAGAGGAUAAUCUACUAUUAGGUGUAUUGGUAAAAAAACCACCACUGGAGGAAGGAGAAAUUAGUGGGGAAAGUAAUCAUACUCAUGUCAUCUCUGAUUCACCAGUUUUUUCAGAAAUCUCUUCAUCCUUUUCUCCAGAUCUAAUUGAUUCUGUAAAUUCGAAUAACAUUAAAAGCCCUUCACCAUCCAAUAGAGGGACAUCACCAGCAACACUGGAGAAGAUUAAAAGUGGCCUUGAGACAACGUUCAAACUAAUGCCUGCCAAUCGCUAUGGUUCUUAUAUUGGUGCUUCAACGGAAGAUAUUCCCUUUCUUACUGAUCCAGUUACUAAUCAACAAAGUAUUAAGAAACAAAAACCUCAACUUAUUCAAUCAAUUUCUCAAUUAACUGAUGAUAUUUCAUCUGAUUCUAAUGAAGGUGAACCUGAAAAAAGUGCAAACACCAAGUCAACUAGCCGUAAACGGACAUUACCAGAAGUUGAUCAAAAUGCUUCAAAACAAUCAUCCAAACAAAAUGUAUUAAAGAAACAACAACGUGCCUCAUCAUUAACAUCACCAUCGCCAUCACCAUCACCAUCAAGAUCAUCAUCAUCAUCAUCAUCAAAAGUAAUCAAACAAAAAAGUUUAUCAUCUUCAUCAUUAACAAAAACAACAACAAACCAAUUAAAACCCAUUUCAAAUAAUCCUGCCAGUGCAAAGCUUUCACCUAAAAAGCUAAAAAUGUCAGCCAGUAAUGUUGUCGAUCUUGAUUCAUCAGAAUCCGAUCCUGAUGCUGAUCUAUUUCCUCGUAAACCAAACAAUUCAAUGACUGGUAUAUUUAUAACUACUUUUGGAGAUUUUGAAUUUAAAUAUCAUGUGAUUAGAUCAGAUCGACCCGAAGUCAAAAAAUAUUUACCAUUAACGCUCAAGUUCACGGGCAGAGUGAACACCGUUGAAUGUGAACAGUGUCUUAAUGUUGCCAAGCAUAAGCCAAAUAUUAAAAUAAUCAUUUUCCAAAUACUUCCACGGGAAACAUCAGAAGAUAAAAGAAUCUUUGGAAACUUUGCCACUUAUUUAAUUAAUCGAGAUCGAUAUGCAAUCUGCGAUUAUAAACCUGAAGCCUAUCGAGCUUACGUCUUACCAGUAGUAAAAGGAACAGCAAAUAUGAAAGCAUUUGAAAUUCUCAAACUAAAACCAAGAGGAAAAUAUCCACAUGAACUUUAUGGUUUGGUGAUUAAAAAAUCCGCUAUGGUAACUGUCCUGCCAUUAAAUCCUCAAGUUAAAAUACAAUCUCUUCCAUCUACUUCGUCCACUGGCUCAUCAUCAGCAACUCGAGUUCAAGCCACAUCAAGUACUUUCACAUGUAAAGAGAAAAGUGCAGCUGAAUCAUCAGAAUUUCAUAAUACAAAUCUUAAAGCAAUAUAUGGAUCAGAAAAUUUUCCAGAAUUGGAUGUAAAUAGACUGGCCAAUUUGAUACACUCUUCAGUCGACGAUUUAUUAAGCUUAUCGGCUAAUGUAGCAAAUCUCUUACAAAAAACAACCGAAAAUGAUGCAGAUCCACAAAGGAAGGAGGAAGCAACACUCGAAUGCCAAAGCAAAGUGCUCUUUAUAAUGGGCCUCGAAGAGCAGCAACACGCUAAACGCAAAAAAGCAUAUGAAACUAUUCUCAGUUGGUUAAAAACGUUAACAUCGUGAUUCAUCUUCCCCUUAAUCCCAGAGAUCCAGCUCAUCACUCUCUCUCUCUUUCAUUAUUUUCUGUGACAGACAUUAUCAAAAUUUCAUUUUAAUAAGUGUCCAUUAACAUUUUCACUCAUUAUGAAUUCAAUUCAAUUGCUUAGAGUUUAAUCAAAAA